GCAGCCCGGGCCGCCGCUGCCAGUGCCAUUGCCAAGGCGAGGCCGGGCAAGGCGGCAGUCCAGUCCAGGCUCCGGAGCAGCCCAGACCAGCAGCACGCCAGCACCAUGCGACACUCCAGCCUCAAGGUGGUGGUGCUCUUCUUGGCGUCGGCCCUGUCCUGCGCCUCGGCGGCGAUGUGGGCCGUGCAGCUGAGCUCCAUGGGCCUGGUCAAGGGCGAGAACGACCCGGCGUCCACGCCGCCGAGCGCCGACACCCCCGCCGUCGUGGACCCGGCCGCCGAGAAGAGCUGCUCGGACCAGAUCGGCAAGGUGGAGAACGGCGUGGUCAUGAACACCAUGCCGAAGUACGACGUGGCCAAGCUCCUCGAAGAACACGGCGGGGCGGCCGGGAAGCUGAACGUGACCUGGAACAGAGAGGUGCCGGAGUUGCCGGUCGCCAGCACGGAAAGCCUGCCCCUGGCGGACACGGAGAACACCACGUACUGGGUCUACGACUACAGGCGCACGGACUUCAAGACGUUCCUGCGCUUGGAGCACGGGCUGAUCCGCCACAAGGGCAAGCAGGACGAGUUCGUGGAGGUGCGCGGCGAGCUGUACUGGACGCCGCCGGACUUCUGCGGCAAGCUGCGGCACGCCGAGUACCGCGUGGACGCGGAGGGCUUCGCGGCCGACGUCACCCUGGAGUACUGCUUCCUCAACGACGAGACACUCACGUGCGCCACUCCCACCUACUGCCACACGAACGGGACCCACCAGUACUGCGUGGGCUAGGUAGACCUGGUCCUUCCUUGGCACCAGUUCCUUGUCUUUCGGUUUCUUGUUUGUUUGCUUUUUAUGGGGAGGGGGAAGAGCUUAAAUUGAAUCAUCAUAACAUUUAGUACGUUUAUUGAAAUUUCCAUAUGAAGUCAAGGAACAAACAGCUUUUUAAGUUCGCUCAUCAGCUUGAUCCUCGCUGCCUGAACUUUAACUUACAAAUAAAUACCACAGAGUGUGUAAACAAAAGCUAACUAAAGGGUUCACAAGUGUGCUUCCCGAUUCUGUAUCUAUAAGAUACAACAAUUCAUAAAAUCAAAAAUACCAACAGAAAAACGUUGGUAGAAAAAUAUUAUUAAAUCAUAACACAACAUCAGGACAGAUUCAAAACAACAGUGGCAACAAAUAAAAAUAGUCAAAAGAUUUAAGUAAGCAUUUUUAAGGUCAACUGAGAAGCAGGCCCAACUUCCACAAAAAAAGUAUUGUGCCAAUUUCUUACUUUUAUUUAGACUGAUUUUCACACAGUUUUCUGAUUUUCUUUUUUGCUCUCUUUUGUGACAAAUUUUGUAGGAAUUUGUUCAUGAAUGAAAUUACAUAUGCUUUGGAAGCAAGAGUAUUGACCAGUGCAAAGUCUAAUAUUAAAAUAAAUAAAAUAGUCUCUCCA